ACUUGUGUUCGGCAGCGCUAUACUGCAAGCAGCGGAGGACAGUAAUGCAGUAGCAAAAAGUUCUCUAAAUUAAUUACAGCAACAUCGCAUGGGAAAGCGCAAGCUGGAGGACGUGCGGUCACACCAGCGUGAGAGACAGAUCACCGUGACUCCACUUCUGCGCAGCCCAAAAGAUUGGUUAAAACAAUAAACAUAUAUUUUUGUACAGGAAGAGAAUCCAGCAAGGAGAGAUAAACCAUGGCGAUUCCGGAAAUAGAAGUCGGGGCCAUUGCCCCCGAGAUGCCGGCCAUGUUCGACGGGAUGAAGCUGGCUGCUGUGGCCACCAUCCUCUAUGUGAUAGUUCGCUGUCUGAACCUGAAGAGUCCCACAGCUUCGCCUGACCUCACUUACCAGGACACACCCCUUAACCGCUUCCUGCUCAAGUCCUGUUCUCUUCUGACCAGAGAGUACAUUCCACCCCUUCUGUGGGGCAAGAGUGGGCACCUGCAGACAGCUCUGUAUGGGAAAAUGGGCAGAGUCAAUUCGCCACACCCCCAUGGCCAACGCAAAUACUUAGCCAUGCAGGAUGGGGCCACGGCAACCUUUGACCUCUUCGAACCACUGGCAGACCACCCAACAGGAGAUGAUGUUACCAUGGUAAUAUGUCCGGGCAUUGGUAACCACAGCGAAAAGCAUUAUAUCCGCACCUUUGUGGAUCACUCCCAAAAGCAGGGCUACAGGUGUGCCGUGUUGAAUCACCUGGGGGCCCUGCCUAACAUAGAGCUCACUUCUCCUCGCAUGUUUACUUAUGGCUGCACCUGGGAGUUUGCUGCCAUGGUGGGCUACAUCCGGAGGACCUUCCCACAGACACAACUCAUAGUGGUGGGCUUCAGUCUGGGCGGCAACAUCGUGUGCAAGUUCUUGGGCGAGAACCGUGCCAAUCAGGAAGGGGUGCUGUGCUGUGUGAGCGUGUGCCAGGGCUACAGCGCACUCAGGGCCCAGGAGACCUUCCUGCAGUGGGAUCAUUGCCGACGGUUCUACAACUUCCUCAUGACUGACAACAUGAAGAAGAUCAUCCUUUCACACAGAAGGAUCCUGUUCAGCGGGAGUUCGGACAAGGUGACGGACGCCGACAUGAGCCGGCUGUUCACUGCCACCUCGCUAAACCAGAUCGAUGACAGCAUCAUGAGAAAAUUCCAUGGGUACAGCUCCCUGAAAGAAUAUUAUGAGAAGGAGAGUUGUGUGCACUAUAUUCAUAAUGUGGAUGUUCCACUGCUGCUGGUGAACUCUGCCGAUGACCCCCUGGUGCACGAGUCUCUUCUGACCAUCCCUCGCACGCUUGCUGAGAAGAAGCCAAACGUGAUCUUCGCCCUCACACUGCAUGGAGGCCACCUGGGCUUCUUCGAGGGAGCUGUGCUUGUUCCCCAGCCCCUCACCUGGAUGGACAAGGUCAUUGUGAGCUACGCCAACGCCAUUUGCCAGUGGGAGAAGGAAAAGGCAACGUGUCAAGGUGGAAAUGCCAGCGAGGGCGAGUCCUCAGAGGACAAGCCUUAACACCUGCCCUCCAACAUCUCCUCCACCAUGCGCCUUCGUAUUCUCACCUACUCCCACCAUGACCACAGUGAUCCACUGCUCCUCCUCACAGCUCACAUGCAAUAAACACAGCUUUUAAAAUGAGGGAAUGUGGCAUUCGGGACAAUGCAGUUUAAGAUAAACAUAGGGAAAUAUUUGUAUAAAGGGAAGAAGAGUUGGUUUUUAUCUGUGCAGUUGCUGAUAUUCCAUUGCAGGAACUGCACUGCUGGGGCAACAGAGGCACUGCUGGAACACACUGUGUGAGCUAGGCCUGCAGGACCAAAAAGGACACGUGGUCUAGCAACAGGUUUUCUUGGGGGUUUUUCCAUUGAUCAGAUGUCACACUUUGAAUUGACUGUUUGUGUGCAGUUAUCCUGUUGGGGAUGUAGGUCUCUGUCUCUUUUCGUUGGAGACUUUUGUCCAGCGUGUGUUUCGAAGUGCUCAGGCAGAGCAGCACAGCCAUUCCUGUGCAGGUCUCGGAUAACAAACCAGCAUGCUGCUUGCUUUCAACCCUUAGCUUUCCUUGCGGUGUGAAGCAAUGACGAGGUAGACGGAAAAAUUAGUGGACAAAACCUCACUUGGUCUUAGAUGCAUUCCUCCUACAUUUUCAGUUUAAGCCCAGUAUCCUUUAAAAGUGCACUUUACACAUGGGAGUAAGUGUCUUGGAUUUUUUU